AUGUCGGUGCGCAAAGCGCAUAAUGCUGGCCGUAAUCAUCUGAGGAAUGUGGUCGAGUACUAUCAACAGAUUGGCCACGAAAAGGCGCAGUCGGUCAUCGACUCGAUCACUUCCUCAUACGCGGCUGAAGGUCAAGCGAACCCUAUGCUCCAGCAAGCUGGGCCAGGCUUUCCCCCGCCUAUGCCGGGCUUUCCAGGAAUGCCGCCUCCCCCGUUCGGCAUGCCAGGUGCACCACCCCCACCAGGCCCCGGAGGCAUAAUUCCUCCUCCUGGCGGUCGCGGCAUGCCUUUCCCACUGUUCCCUCCUAAUGGCGCUCCCACACUCCCGAAUGGUCUGCCUUUUCCUCCUCCUGGCGGCUUUCCCCCAAAUUUUCAGUUCCCACCUCCUGGCGCACCGGGCGGCUUUCCCCCACCAGGUCAGAGUUCACAAGUUCCACUGGGAGGACCAAGCCCUGGCCCAGGCAGUGGACCGAAUCAGGGGCAGGGGCCUCCACCACCAGGAUUUAUGGGUGGGCCUCCAGGUAUGAAUGACAACCGACGUUAG